CUUUAAGUGGUAAAAUGGUCAAAGUAAUUGGAUCAUCUGAAUAUGUAGGUUCUGAUGUAAUAAGAAAUACAAUUUAAUAUGGUGCAAUAGUGAAUUGAGUUUUUCGAAUUGAAUAGCCAACAACAUAAUAAAAUUGGAUUAAAGGAGAUGUAAUGAAAGCUUAUGAAUUUAAAGAUAUUUUGUAAAAAAAUGAUUAAGUAAUUCAUACAAUUGGAACAAUAAUCGAUUCAUCAAUAUUAACAAAUAACUAAUAACUGUAUUUCAUAUAGAUUAAUAGAGAGGUGAACAAAAUACUUAUAAAUAAAUGAAUUGAGAUUCAGCAGAAAUUGUUUCCAUUAAAAUAUGAUUACUAUAUGAAAAUGACUACAU